AUGACAUACCCCUUUAUCAAUGGGAGCUCGCUAUUUUGGACGCAGCGAAUAAUCCUGCCACGCACUUUUUGUCGCUAUAAAUCCAUCACUGCUGCUAUUGAGAGGGGUAGAUCAGGCGGACCAGAUCGACCCUUUAGACCGCGCUCACGAGCUUUUCAGGACGGUGAGGAUGUCCGGCCAGUGAGGGCUCGUCAUGAGGCGAGGUUUGAGCGAUUUGGCUCUCCACGUGAUAGUGCUUCCAGCAGAUUUCAAGAAGACCGACCCAGGACUCGUACAUCUUACCCACUCACCAAGGAUCAUGUGACAUUCGACAAUGGGCGUGGUCGAGAUGGAGCAAACGGACGUUUUUCUGAACCACCGUUCUCUUAUCGAUCCGACACGAGAGGAGCACCACGGGAGCGAUUUGGUAGAGAACAGUUUGCGAAUACUCGAAAUGUAGCAGAUGGACAUUCUUCUGAAUCGCGGUUUUCUCGUCGCACAGACACAAGAGCAGCACCAAGGGAGCGACUUGGUGGAGGGCAGUCUAGCGAGGUGUCUGGGACAAAGAGUAGGACAGAGGUUCAAAGGAAAUCGGUGCAGGGACCAGAAUCACUUCCCUACACGACUGCCGCUUCAGAGUUCAUCUACGGCCACUCAAGUGUCCUCGCUGCGAUCAAAGCAAACCGACGUAAAUUCUACAAGCUCUAUGUACACUCUCGGGGCGCGAGCAGAGAUGGGCUCAUGUCUCAGAUCCGAGCCCACAGGCUUUUCCCAAUCACAGAAGAAGUAGGAGACGAGUAUCUGCGUGCAAUGGACAAGGCCAGCAGUGGACGACCACACAACGGCAUAAUACUAGAGUCAUCGCCACUUCCUGUUCUGCCCAUUAGAGAACUCAAGAUGGGAUCCAUUCAAGAUGAAAGUUUCAGUGUAGCGCUUGGCAGCCAGAGCGCUGAGGAUGUACUUGUCAACGGCAAGCAGGAGCUAUACACAUACAGGUCAGGCGGCUGGAGAUAUCCACUAGUUCUGUACGUGGAUGGAGUAGUUGACGAAGGCAAUCUUGGGGCCAUUGCACGGUCGGCCUAUGUGUUAGGCGCAGAUGCCAUUGUGACCCCGACGCACCACACGGCAAACUGGAGCCACAUUGCGGUCAAGGCCUCGGCAGGGGCCGCUGAAGCGAUGCCGCUGUUCAAGGUUGGAGAUCCCACAGAUUUCCUGGGUAAAAGCUCUAGAGCAGGCUGGCGGAUAUACGCGAGCGAUGCAGUACCGCGCACUCUAUCUAGUAGUAUGUCAAGUGCCGAAGCCACUGAUAUGGAGUAUGGCGGGGUUGUAUACACUCUGGCUCGCAGCACCAAACGGCUUCCCUCGGGCCACAGCCCUGUAGCAGAGCAUCCUACGAUAGUGAUGAUGGGGGCUGAGGGUACGGGGUUGAGGGCUAGCCUGUUGAAUCUGGCGCAUUAUAAAGUGGGUAUUCCGCAUGGUCGCGGGGUCAACGAGAUUGGUGUGGACAGUCUGAACGUUAGUGUUGCAGCCUCUAUCCUCUGCUACGAGAUGCUGCAGAGGCCAAAGGCGCAACCGAAGCGUGAUGCAGAAGAGGCUCUCUUCUAG